AUGGAGGAUGAAGAGAAAGAUAGCCAAGGAGCCAGGGCAAAUCUUGAGCAUUCUCUAAUAAUGAUGCUCAUACCACCCUCUGAAGGAGGCAAUGUGACAGUUGUGGUCCGAGUGCGCCCACAGAUUCCAAUGGAGCAAGAAGGAAACCGCCAAAGUACAGUGCAGGUGCUGAGUGACAACAUGCUGGUGUUUGACCCUAAAAAAAUCAAACCUGCUGGGCUCCAAAUUCAUGAGUCUGUCUCCCAGAAGAAAGGCAAGAAUUUGAAGUUUAUUUUUGACCCGGUUUUUGGAGAAAUGGCUACCCAAGCAGAAGUUUUUGAGAAUACAACUAAAGAGAUCCUGAAUGGUGUGCUGAGUGGCCACAAUUGCUCUGUAUUUGCAUAUGGUGCAACAGGAGCUGGUAAAACAUAUACCAUGCUGGGAUCAGAAAAGGAACCUGGUAUCAUGUACCUCACUAUGAAAGAGCUGUAUAAGAAAAUAGAGGUUAAAAAGGAAGAGAAACUCUGUGAGGUGUUCAUCUCCUAUCAAGAGGUAUAUAAUGAGCAGAUUUAUGACCUUUUGGAACCAAAGGGUCCACUAGCUAUCUGGGAAGAUCCAGAGAAAGGUAUCUUGGUGCAAGGUCUUUCAGUUCAUAAGCCAAAAUCUGCUAUGCAGGUUCUAGAGAUGCUAAAGCAAGGAAAUCUGAACCGUACACAGCACCCCACAGACAUGAAUGCCACUUCUUCACGAUCUCAUGCAAUUUUUCAGAUCUGUGUGAAGCAGCAAAAUCUUGUGGCGUGCAUAGAUCAGGAUCAGCUAGUGGCAAAGAGCCUGGUUGAUUUGGCUGGCUCUGAACGUGCCUCUGCUGCCAAUACCAAAGGAGAACGAUUCCGUGUGGGUGCCAACAUCAACCAAUCCCUACUGGCUCUCAUUAAUGUUAUUAAUGGGCUGGCAGAUGCCAAGAGUAAAAAAGCCCACAUUCCAUACCGGGACAGCAAGCUAACGCACCUCCUAAAAGAUUCUGUUGGUGGAAACUGUUGGACAAUUAUGAUUGCAGCUAUUAGCCCUUCAAUACUUUCCUAUGAGGACACAUGCAACACACUCAAGUAUGCAAACCGGGCUAAAGAAAUCAAAGUUUUAAUAAAACCUAAUGUGGUGAGACUAAACCACUCUAGCAGCAUAUAUGCAGCUAUUUGUGAGCAACUAAAGAUAGAGGUGGCAGACUUAAGAGGGAGGCUCCGAGCUUAUGAAGAAAAAAUGCCAGAGCUUAAAUUCUUCCCUGCUUUGGCUCCUUGUACUUCUGAGCAGAUGGAGCUCUUCAGGUCAGAAGAGAUUAUUUUGGAUAAUGGAGUGUUGCAAAAAACUGAUUCCACAGAAAUGGGAUCCUCCCAGUUUUUGAAACAAAAUUGCUCAAGAAAAAGCCACACGAAGGAGGAUGCAGAAAGAAAAUUUGAGUGCUGCUGCCCAAAGUUUUCAAAUCCAAUUAAACAUCAGGAAAAAGUGGAAACUCACUUGCAGGGCAUGGACAAGAAACAAUUGAAGAGACUUGUAAUAGCUGUUCUGCUAGUAGCCCAAAGACAGUACAGUUGGUUGAAAAUCACCAACCUACUUACUCCUGAAAUGAUAGCACAGUUUGAAGAGUUGACUUCCAUACUUCAUCAAGAGUCCCAUGGAGCCCUGAACAUUUCAGUUUUGGAUGGACAUGAUGAAGAACCGGAUGUGCAACAAUUUAUAAAUUGCAAUGAUUCUUUGGCUGUCCUCCCUGCGUCUCUUACUGCAACCAAUCAUGCCAGUCCUAAGGUCAAUCCUGGAAUACAACCUGUUGAACCAGAAGCUGAGCUGUUUCCACAUGCUGACUUGAAGACCCUCCACCACUCAACACAGAAGAGGAAGGCAUCGCAGUCUGAAAAAAGCAUUUCAUCUAGCCAAAGGGAGUGUGCAAAGCGCUGUCGGAAGGCUUGCCUCUCAUCCCAGAAAGUGGAUUCUCUGAAAGAAUGGUCUGAUUUUGCCCCAGUAGACUAUACCAGCACACCUCUUGGAGUGAAAGCAAAAUCUCUCAGACCAGUUGAUCAUCAUACUCCAUUAUAUUGCCCAUCAACAGUUACUAAGAGUCGCAUGCCCCUAGCUCCCCCAACCAUUCAGAAAUAGCAAUAUUAUCUGGCUUUUAGCCUUGACGAUGUUGGGAGUUCCCAACGAAAGCUUGGUGGUUUUAGUAAAGUAUUGUUUAUACUUAAA